CGCCGGAGGGGCCGUUUGGAGGGCGAGGGAGGGAAAACGGAAUGGGUAUGGCAGCCCAGUAGAGCCCGGCCCAUCCAAGAGUACAAGCGGGACCCGCACGUCAGUCACACGCACAAGUCCUCCCGAGUCCACCACCUCCUUCCCCUUCCCCCGAUCUUAUCCUCGGCGAAGCUGCUGCUCUAAUGGCGGAUCCGCCGUCGUCGUCCCCGGCCGACGAGGCGCGGGAUCCAGGUAGCUCAGAAGCUGCUGCUCAUGGGAGUACUACUUCGCAAGACACGAAAGAGCAGGAGGAGAUGAAAGGAGAAGCGGCUGUUGUGACCUCUGAACCGGUGAGGGAGGAACUGGUCCAGAGUGCCAUUAGUUUUCUGAGUCACCCCAAAGUCGUGGCAUCUUCCGAUGUCCAGAGGCGUUCCUUCCUGGAAAAUAAAGGGCUCACCGUGGACGAAAUUGAAGAAGCAUUUCGUCGUUUACUUAGCCCACCUUCAAACUCUACAAACUCAAAUAUGUGUGAAUCUCAAGGAAGUCCUGAUCCUGAAACUGUAACCCCUGUGGUGCCCCGGCACCCAAAAUCAUAUAUGGAGGUCAUGGAAAUGAUACAGAGGGGAGAGCGGCCAGAUGAUAUCCAGGAUAUUAAUGAUGAGCCACCAAACCCUGAUCAGCCAAUCUCGAAACCCAGUAUGGCACCCAAGCCCAAGGUUUGCACUUGAAACUACUGGCUAAUAAAU